AUGGCCGACGACGCGCAGCAUGAGCACACCUUCGAGUCCGCCGACGCUGGCGCCUCUGCCACCUACCCUAUGCAAUGUUCUGCCUUGAGAAAGAACGGCUUUGUUGUCAUCAAGGGCCGUCCAUGCAAGAUUGUUGACAUGUCCACCUCCAAGACUGGCAAACAUGGGCACGCAAAGGUCCACUUGGUCGCUCUCGACAUCUUCACUGGCAAGAAGUUGGAAGAUCUCUCCCCAUCUACCCACAACAUGGAGGUCCCCAACGUCGUCCGUCGUGAAUACCAGUUGCUCGAUAUCACCGAUGAUGGCUUCUUGUCUCUUAUGUCUGAUGAUGGUUCCACCAAGGAUGAUGUCAAAAUGCCAGAGGGUGAAGUUGGUGACAAGAUCCAAAAGCUCUUCCGUGAAGAUGAGAAGGAUACCAACGUUAUUGUCUUGACUGCCAUGGGUGAGGAACUCGCCAUGGACGCCAAGGAGGCUCCAAAGUAA